ACCUAAUGGGUACAUGUGUUUUAGUUUUCUGGAAGGUAUUUUCAGCACUAAGGUCGUUGUGGGGCGGCUAAUAUAUGCGUCAGCUGGUGUAAGUGUGGCCCUGAAGACCACCUUAACAACAACCAAGAUAACCAUUUAGGGUUCUGUAGUAUAUGACAAAUUGUCUGUUGUUGCAAAAUGAUGAAAUUUAAUUAACUCAGCUGUUUCAAAGAUGGUCCUUUGGAAAGGUAAGGAACUUCAGCGAGAUUAUUGAAUCAUCGAUAUACGGAAAGAUACAUGUGUCAAGACCCCUUAACAGCUAGUGUUUGGAAGACGCUGCCUGUGGAAAUCAAAGUAAUUUUUUCCAUAUAUCUGAAAAUUCACAUGAUUACUGAUCGUUUCAUAACAUGUUUAUAUGGAAAUUAACUCCUGCUAAAAGUAUGCCAGCAUUUGGCACUCUCCAUCACCCACAUGGUUAAAGGUUACUCUUGAAAGUGUCUAAAGAAUAAAUUGGGUUAGAGCGUGAUUGGUAGCAGAAUCUGAGGGACAAUAGCAGAAAAAACUGAAGCAAAGCUUACGUUUGGAAGUUCGCAUAAAUACUCAAGCAGACUCAAACUUUUAAAGUGUCUAGAAGAUUGCAUCUUAUCAGAAUCUUCUCCUAACAAGGAAUAUAUCGUCUGCAUCCCCAAAAAUUACUUCCGAAUCUCUUGUGAUUAAAUCAAUCCUUUCAUAUUCGGAGGGGAAAUUGACUGCAUUAAGCGCACCUAGUAAAUAGCUAAGUAAGAAUCAGGAGAGCAGACAUCCCAGACAGUCACCAUUCAAAGUAGAGCUUCAUCAGGUCAUUCACCGUGUGUUAAAAUGACUACUUGUGUUCAGAUAUAAACAUUUUAGUCAGGUAAUGUAUUUGUUGGAUAUUUCUUUAGAUGAAAGACCACCACAACGUCCUCAAGUCUACAGUGCUUUUGUUUGCAGAAAUGGGCUCAUUUCCAGCUUCAUCAUAUGUUUAAGCUUCAGAAUGUAGCAGUGGUUUAAGAUCGGGUUGAUAUGCCAACAGCUGAGUCUGGUUUUCUUGGGUCUACUGUUCCCAAACUCCAUUUAUACUUGAGGCAAUUAACAGCGCUGGAAUCUUCGGUUCUGUAUUGAUGAAGUUAAUUUCCACAUAGUCGUCAUAAAGAUUUGGUAUUUUUCCUUAGGAAUAAUGAACAACCAAAACCAGUUAAAGGGGAUUAUACAGUUUGUACUUCAUUUGAUCUUGUCAGUAAUUGUCGAACGCUAUCUUUAAGUGCUUCUUGCAAAAGCACACAAGAAAUUGCUGCCAUUUCUUCUUUCAGGUAAGCCACAAUUUUCAUAUUUUCUGUAAGAUUUAGAGGUUGGAUGUUAAUGUCUCAUUGAGUUCAUCUCUGCAUGGUGUACAGGUGAAGAGUACCUGGAAGCUGAAUUAAAUGUCAGAUUGUUAUGCCCAGCACUCCAACCCCCCCACCCAGGUAGUUCACAUCUCCCUUCACGGUCCAGAUCAGCAGUCAAAGGUAUCAUGGACUGGUGCCAUGUCUUGAUUCGGCAACCUUGAGCCUUCUUCCAACCUAAUUCAAUUUCCCCUAGCACUGUACGUCAAAAUAUGCAACAAAUCGAUAUUCACAACAUAUGUCAAAGCCACCUCAGUCACUGAAGCUUCACAACCUGAUCCACUGACUUGCCUGUCUUGUUUAGUACCCUGUGCGCAACCUCAAUGUUAUUCACACAGUGAUCCUACCUCAUGUGAGCAGUGCUACAAAUAUACCUGUAAUCAAAGAUCUUUAGCCUAUUCGUAUCUUUUACUUUUAAUGGCCAUAUCUCACAGGCGUAUAACAGAAAGGACUGCAGCUCAACAAACUCGUCUUUGAUAGGUAGUCGAACAUCUCGUCGGCACCAACAACUAGUGAGAAGAUUGAUUGUGGUGAAGCAUGAUACUUACUUCUUACUAGUACUUGUUGAUGUAUGUAAGUUGUACGUCAAAACAUCUACACACAUCAUCGUUGUGACCUUCAGUUCCAGACACUAGUAAAGGAUAAGGAAAGCUCUGUGGUUGAAAGGUGUAAGAAGGAAAUAACCAAUCAUAUGUGUCACAUCGGUGUAUAUACCUAUGACACUUGUUACGGUUAUUCGAUACUGUUCUAAACUUACUCCUCUUUUUCGCCUCCUAAUAAUCUAGGUACAGUUGUGUCAUCCUAAUCGACGUGUCCUCUUAGAUAGUCGUGUUCAUUCAAUCGGCGUCAAAAAUGCUAUAUGUAAUCCUUCAAACAAAAAAAGUACCUGCAGUACCACCAAAGUGCCAUAUCCUUUCCUCUAUCCUGACAUUCCUGUGGAAGUUGAACAUUUAGAUACUGAUCAUGGUGGUAUCAGUGAUGGGAAUUCUACCGAACACAGGGAUGCAAAGCCAGUUGCUACUUCUCCGUUUUGUCCUCUUAUAAAUACCAAUAUAACCACACUGAACACAUCAGCGAUGACAAAACCUCCUGAUACCAUAUUCGAUUUAAAUCAAUUCAGUGAAUAUGAACAAACAUUCUCUUUGAAGUGUUUGCAGUUGGAGGCUAAACCACCACAUUUUAUCUUAUUUAAUGAUGGCUUGUUUAUCCGCUUAACAACACAAAAGUAUUUUCGUUUCUGGCCAAUUGAAUUAAUUUGGAUUGAAAUGGACGAAAAACGAAGUGAUUCAGAAUUCGAAAUUCAAACUCCGGAAGGCGUUUAUAAACUUGUAUCCUCAUUAUGGCAUGCUGUUUUACUAAAGACUGUGAGAUAUGCAUGUUCGAGUCGUGAUGAUUUAUUUGUUAUUCGAAGCGGAACCGAUGAUCAUAAUGAUGAUACCAUAGAUUGUAAUUCUCUCCGGGAACAGCGUUGUUGCCUGUAUCAUCUCUUUCGGUCUGGUCCACUCGAAGGCUUUGCUUACUACGGGUCUUGGUUAAAUGGAGAACUUUUUGGAAGUGGUAAAAUGUGUUGGCCGGCCAAAAAUUUCAACACAAUGUAUUCACGUAAAAAUUCUACUCAUUCAAAUGAACAGUGCAGCUCAGAAACACCAUCUCACAUCUUUCAUCUACAGAAUGAAAAUAAUGACACUGACGAUUUGUCCUGCAAAAUACCUGAUUCAGUACGUCUAUUUCUUGCGUUUAUUGGUCCUUUGGAUAUUUGCGUGAAAAACAUAGAAAAUAAAGUGAUAUCUAUUUUCUGCGAUGGGGAAUUUCAAUCAAAUCAGCUUGAUGGUCUAGGUGAAUUAUGUAUACAAACUACUCAAGGUUCCAUCAAUGUUCGGGCCGAAUGGAAGAAUGGUCGACCACACGGUAUUGGUUCCUUAAGAUAUAUGAACGGUGAUAUUUAUACUGGUUGGUUUGUAAAUGGUACUCGAGAAGGCCAUGGUUGUCAAGAGACCUUUCCAUUGGACAAUUUGAGGUAUCCAAAGCAAUGUUAUAGACGGAAUGAAUGGAGUACAGUUUAUUCGGGGAAUUGGCUUGCUGAUAAACAGGAUGGGUUUGGUAUACUAAAAGACACCACAAAUGGUGAUGUAUACGUUGGUCAGUGGUUAAAGGGCGUGAUGUGUGGGCGUGGAAUACUGCAUCAAACAUCUGGAAUCUAUGUAGCUGGCGAAUUCCAAGCCAAUGGUAUUAAUGGACAAGGUUUAUGUGUUACUCCUGAAGGAAAUAUUUACACUGGACUGCUCGCUAAAAACCAACCCAAGGGCAAAGAGAUUGUAGUGGGAAUUUCAGUUUUCCGGCACUUCGAUCAUAGGUGCUUUUUUUCAUCGAAGAUUGGAGUUUUCAUAAUGUCUGCUUUGUUCAACUUUCAAAGCCUUUUAAGCGUCAUUCUGUUACUUAUAUGCACAUGUGCAUACGUUAGACAUUUCUCUCCUGCCUUAUUGGACUCACGCAAGCAUGGGCUUUUGGGUCUGUUUUGGAAAUGUGCGAGAAUUGGUGAACGCAAAAGCCCAUAUGUUGCAGUUUGUUGCAUCGCAAUGGCGUGUGCACAUGCCAAAAAGAAGUCUGAUAACCCACAGCCUAUAUCUGAAGCAUUACCGGUGUCAGAUGUAUCAAGAGAAUCCGAGAUUCGUAUCUCUGACUCACCUCCGGAUAUUCUUCCAUUGCCUGAUGAAACUACAAAUCCUGUUGUCUCUUCGCAUGCUAAUACAGAGCAGCAAGAGAAUAAUUUGAAAUUUGUUGCUUUGCAAACUGGGGAAUCCGAAGGAGAUGUAGUUAAACCAGUGAUGGAUUCAGAAUUUCAUGACAAAGUUCCUGAAACACUGGUGUAUAUCAAACCUGAAGACAAAAUGUUUCCCGUACAUGUCCCGUAUAUUAUUGUUGGAGCUGGUGCCGCAGGAAUGUCAGCCGCUCGUUCAAUUCGCGCUUCAGAUCCCGCUUCCAGAGUUCUAUUAAUUGCUGGUGGUAGUGGGUCGAGUAGAACAGCUGAGCCGGGGAUUGAAGAAACAUCUUUUGUUGAACCACCACCUUACUUAAGACCACCCUUAAGUAAAGAAUUAUGGGGUCGAGUACCAAGUAAAGAAAAAAAACUACUUCGAAGUGAUGGGGAUAUUCGUCGACACUCAUGGCUUUACUACGAACCAGAUAGCUUCUUUUUAAAGCCGGAGGAUUUAAAUUCCGUACAGUAUGGUGGAGUUGCUCUGCUUCGAGGAGAUCCUGUCGUUCGUCUGGAUCCGGACAGUCGAAGAAUUUUUUUGGCAUCCGGUCUUCAAAUAACUUAUGAUCGGUGCCUUCUAGCUACGGGAGGAUCACCACGACGUUUGAAGGAUUUUGAAACAUGCAGUCAAACGGGAGCGAAUUUAGCUGAUACAGGACAUGUGUCUUAUUUCCGUAAUAUGGCGGAUUACAAACGACUUAGAGAUAUUGCUGAUAAACUUCGUCGAACUGGUGGCCAAAUAGCUGUGAUCGGUGGGGGCUAUCUUGGGAGUGAAUUAUCUAUCAGUUUACUGAAGCAACCGAAAUCUUCUGAUGUGAAUAUUACUCCUAAUUCGAACGAUCAAGUGCAAUCAAAACUAUCUGUUAUACAUGCAUUCCGCGAAACAGUCCCUAUGGGUAGUGUAUUGCCACCAUGUUUAGCUGCUGCUGUUGCACGUUUAGAAUCUAGCAAAGGUGUAGAUGUAUGGAGUUCUUCAGAUGUUGUUAGCUUAUCACUUAUGCCGAAUGCCAAUCCACAUGAUACUGUAAAAGGAGAGCACAAAUUUAUGCCACUGGGAACCGUUACAGCUAACACUAACCCUGAACGUGUUCACAUGCGUGUUCGACGUAAUGUAUCGGGAGUUGAAAGAGUAGAAGAAAUAGACGUUGAUCAUGUUGUUUGUGUUAUUGGUAUAGAGCCAAAUACGGAGCUUUCUUCAGAGGCCGCUCUAGAAUUAGAUCCUAAUAAUGGGGGAUUUUUAGUGAAUGCUGAAUUGGAAGCAAGACAAGGUGUUUAUGUGGCUGGAGAUGCUGCUUCUUAUUGGGAUCCAGUUAUUGGUCGUCGACGUCGUGUUGAACAUCUUAACUUUGCUGAAGAAUCUGGUUCUUUAGCCGGAAAAAAUAUGGCUGCGUCAUUGUUGUCUGGAAGUAAUCCGUCUGCGUACAAUGCUGUAUCACAUUAUCAACAUCAAUCCUCUCUAUGGUCUACACUGGGUCCCGAAUUGUCAUGGGAUGCAGUUGGACUAAUUGAUUCACGUUUACUUUUGACACGAUCAUUCUUUGCUGCCAACAGUGAUGAUCUCAACACAUCUGAUGAUAAAAGUUCUGCACCUCGAGCUUUCUCUGGUGUUCCUGAUUCUAAUAUAGGCAGACUCGCCAAAGGAGUUGUUUUCUAUCUUACACCGAGAGAAAAAAGGCUCGUUGGCAUUCUGCUAUGGAAUAUGCCGGAUGAAAUGUAUACCGAUAAAAGUUAUCCAGCUCCUGGUCGUUUGAAUCUAGCUCGUAGCUUAUUAGCUGAACGUCGUAUCAUUGGCAGUGAAAAUUCUUUAAAUGAUGCAGAAAAAGAGAAACAGGAUCUACAAGAACUAGCUAGCCAAUUUGAUAUAUAUGGAGAGAUUGCAGAGGAAUAUGCACAAUUGCAAGAAUAUAUUAAGAAGAAAAGUUUAGAUGCUGCUAAUCUAGGUGAUGAUAAUAGUAAUCAUAGCAGCGGUUUUAGCGAAAAUGAAGUGGACCGACCCUUAGGUAAUUCUGUGGACAGUAAACCUUCCAAUGAUUAGUAACCUAUUAUGCACUCAUUGUAUACACAUCACUUGAGCAUUUAAAUAAGAAUCCAGUGAAAUAGAUCAUAGUUUUGUUACUUCUGCUUUAUGUAUGAUGCUUUCAUGUGAAAUUUUUGAAGUUUGAUUUGUUUCUUGCAGCCAG